GACAGAGCGAUAGAUGUCGCUGUCCAGUUCGAAGGCGAUUCUUAAAAAAGGCAUGCUUUUUAGCACCCUCCGCCUUCGCUGCAAACAUCACCGAUGGUACGUCCCCGCCCGAAUGCAAAACGUGAACAUGUCCGUGGUGCAUUCACGUUCAUACGGUUGUCGGGCUUGUUUGGGCUUGGCUAUUUCACCUAGCUGGAGUUUCCGAACGGACAAUCUCAAACCGUACGCGUAAGCUGUCAGCAAUCAAACGUAGCUAUCAUCCAAUCCAGCUGGUUACAUUUUUAUCUAUUUGUCACAUUGUGAUGUUGAGCUAUCAGCAGCUAGGCUAGCUAGCUAGCCACAUCCUUUCAAAGCCAUCGAAAUGAGUGGCUCUCCAGCAUAGAUAUCUGGCUACUGUGAUAAGAGAUUUAGCUCAACCGGAGGAGUUAAGUAGAGUCGCCACUUUUUUACCUGGUGAUCCGUUUCCGUGACAUUAACAGUAUUUUCUCGGCAAAGAGGAUGUCUAAACGUCUCAGGAAUAGUGAGGUUUGCGCGGAUUGCAGUGUUCCAGAUCCUCGCUGGGCGUCGGUGAACAGGGGCGUGUUGGUCUGUGAUGAGUGCUGCGGCGUCCAUCGGAGUCUGGGCCGCCACAGCUCCCAGGUCCGUCACCUGACUCACACCACGUGGCCUCCCACUCAGCUCCAGAUGGUUCAGACAUUAUACAACAAUGGGGCCAACUCGAUAUGGGAGCACUCUCUCCUGGACCCCGCGGCUGUUAUGAGCGGGAAGCGCAAGGCCAACCCCCAGGACAAAGUGCACCCAAACAAAACGGAGUUCAUAAAAGCCAAAUAUCAAAUGUUGGCUUUUGUUCACCGGAUGCCGUGUCGAGAUGAUGACAGUUUUACAGCUAAGGACCUAAGCAAGCAACUUCACUCGAGUGUCCGCACAGGUAAUCUGGAGACGUGUUUGAGGUUACUCUCUCUGGGAGCCCAGGCAAACUUCUUUCACCCCGAAAAAGGGAACAGGCCCCUGCAUGUGGCUGCCAAGGCUGGCCAGGUGUCUCAGGCCGAGCUGCUGACCGUGUACGGGGCUGACCCCGGGGCCCCAGAUACCAGCGGCAAGACCCCCAUCGACUACGCAAGGCAAGCUGGGCACUGUGACUUGGCAGAGAGGCUGGUGGAGAUCCAGUACGAGUUGACCGACCGUCUGGCUUUCUAUCUGUGUGGGAGGAAACCUGAUCAUAGAUGUGGCCAACACUUCAUAAUUCCCCAGAUGGCAGACAGGAACAUCAGUUUAGAUCUGUCUGAACUCGCAAAGGCAGCCAAGAAGAAGCUGCAGUCGCUCAGUAAUCAUCUGUUUGAGGAGCUGGCGAUGGACGUGUACGACGAGGUGGACAGAAGGGAGACGGAUGCAGUUUGGUUAGCGACGCAGAACCACAGCACUCUGGUGAUGGAGACCACAGUGGUGCCUUUCCUUCCUGUGAACCCGGAAUACUCGUCGACACGAAACCAGGGACGACAAAAACUUGCGAGAUUCAACGCGCACGAGUUUGCGACUCUUGUGAUCGAUAUACUGAGCGAUGCAAAACGUAGACAGCAGGGGAAUUCUCUCACGAGUCCCAAAGAUAACGUGGAGCUGAUCCUGAAGAGCGUGGGCAGCCGACAUGGCAGUGAGAGCCAGGACAACGACCAGCCCGACUACGACAGCGUGGCCUCGGACGAGGACACGGACCAGGAGCCCUCCUCCUGCAAGGGAGACCGCACCAAGAGCCUGGACUCUGACCUGUCGGACGGGCCCAUCACGGUGCAGGAGUUCCUGGACGUGAAGAACGCCCUGUCUGCCUCAGAGGCCAAGAUCCAACAGCUGCUGAAGGUCAACAACAACCUGAGCGAUGAACUCAGACUCAUGCAGAAAAAGCUGCAGUCUCUGCAAAGCGAGAAUACCUCUCUGAGGCGACAGGGCCCAGCCAGUAUGUAUCAGGUCCCCGGCUCCCCAGGCCCCCCCGACCCCUCCAGCCCCUCAGCCCUGAAACGGAGGCAGGCAGCGCGGGCCAGCCGGCCCAUGUCUAUGUAUGAGACUGGCUCGGGUCUGAAGCCCUGCCUCCUCAAAGGGGAGACCCCGUACCCAGAGGAGGGCCUCCCCACCCUGCAACCUUUCCCUCCUCAUACGGGAAGGGCCGCUUUGGUAACUUCCUCCUCAUCCCUCCCCUCCUUCCCAUCCACCCUGUCUUGGUCGCCGGACGAAAGUGCUCAAAGGGCCUCCAGGAUGGAGAAACAGACCAGCAUGCCUGACAGUGACUAUGACAACGCCACCAACGACACGGAAAUGGAGGACUCAGGGGUGUUCAGGAGGGGCAGGCUGAGGAGCAGCGGCUGGCUGGGCGAGGGCAGCUCCAUCCCUGAGCUGGACGACCUGGAGGCGGAGCCUGACCCCAGCCUGCCCAGCACGGAGGACGUCAUCCGCAAGACGGAGCAGAUCACCAAGAACAUCCAGGAGCUGCUGCGCGCCGCCCAGGAGAACAAACACGACAGCUUCCUACCCUGCUCAGAAAGAAUCCAUGUGGCUGUAACAGAGAUGGCUGCUCUCUUCCCCAGGAGGCCUCGUUCAGACACGGUGAGGGGCUCCCUGCGCCUGCUCACCUCCAGCGCCCAGCGCCUGCAGGGCGAGUGCAGGAAGGCCACGCCCCCGGACGCCGGCCUGGCGCCUGACAUGCAGCUGGUCACCCAGCAGGUCAUCCAGUGUGCCUACGACAUCGCCAAGGCAGCAAAGCAGCUCGUCACCAUAACGACCAAGGAGAACAACAACUGACAGCCAUCAUCAUCAUCAUCACCACACAGGUCCUCAAACAGAGCUGAUUUGUAUUUGUAUUAUUUUAGCUCGUGUUUUUAAUGCAUCUUAUGAAUUGUUUCGUUUUUUUUCCAUCAGUAUUUGUGAUUUUUUGCAUGUGUUUAUUAUUUUUUUAUUUAAAUAUAAAUGUACAAAAGUGUUUGCAAUGGUUAGCUUAAAGCCAGUAUUGGUCAACGCCUGAUUUGAGGUAAUGUUAGAUUUUGGGCGUUUUAAGGUUAGAUUAGCCUGGGAAAGCUCAGCCCAAUAGAAGCUGAAUGAUCAAGUUUACAGCACAGAACAUUGUUGAGGAGCAAUCCAGUCGCUCCUGUAAGAUUCUAGGAAAGAUCUCGUCUUCCUUGCUAACCAGGAAACCAUCCAUUAACGUCCACAGUGUACCCUCUAUCUUCUAAACAGCCUCCAGUUUGAUGCUAUUGCCGUCGACGUCCAAACAUAGUGUUCCACACGCCGGGGUGAAGUGUUUACACGUUCCCCUAAGCGAGGUAGCACAGAGGCAAAGCUGGAAAUAAGCCAUAAAACCAUAUCAGGAGUCACUAACGCUGUGUUGUCACAGCUGUAGGAAAGAACUAGAACUCUGUACAUACCGACAACACUGCACACGUUUGAUGGUUCAGUAUUUUAAAGGGGGUACAUUUCCAAUCGGGAGAAGACUAAUGGGAGUUUUAACAGCUAACAUUAAACCCUGUUUAUGCACUUUGUAGCCCUGCAAUGCCAAUGUGUUUUUCCUGUCCAAGUGUGAUUGCUUCCAUUUAAUAUGCACUUAGUGCAGCUAACUAUGUCUAUUUAAUCUGGUAGUCGAUGCAUCAAAGCACUUGUUCCAGGGCUUAAUUACGCACUUCACCAGCAAUAUGUUGUGCUUGUGUUAAAUAACUGUAAUGUGCUUCAUUUUUUUCUCCUCCUCUUCAAAGUCAGACGCUUGACACAGCUCUGCACAUGCUUAGUGGUGUGUGCUGUAGCAAUGUAGGUACUGUGACAACAGCUAGAUGUCCCACAGCUGACAAGUCUUUGACCCCCUGUGUGUCGUGUCUGCCGCUGCUUGGUUUGUUGUUGAUGUGGAGCUCAUGGCAGGGUUCUGAAGGCCAGCCUACGUCGAUAGCUCCUGUGUAAAGCUGAAGGUUAUCAGGACAGGCUCUGAGCUCAGUGUUGAACUUGAAAUGUGAUCAAGGAAACAGCCCUUACUGUGCUCCUCUGUUACUUCAUGAGUUCCAGACAUGCAGAAGGUUAUAACUGCAGGGGUAUUCAAAACAAAACUUAUUUUAUUUUCUAAAUAAACUUAAUUU